UUCUUCUACGAAAGUUUCGCUGACUUUUUUGUAGAGGGCUGAGCAGAAGAAAACUUAGCACGGUGUUAGAUUAGCCCUGGGAAGAAAGACAGAAACCAUUAAACCAACAGCCCAGUCAAUCCAAGAAGUCCCAGAGCAUCAACAUCAAGAACAAGAACAAGAACAAGAGCGGGAGAUCUCUCUCUCUCUGUGUCUCUCUCUCUCGGUGGCGCUGCGAUUCGAUGUUGGAAAUGAGGAAACGCACGAUAUAUGCUUGGGGAGCGGCGGUUGUGUGCUUCGUAGUGCUGAUGCUGGUGACGCCCGCCAUCCCUCAAUCAGAGGAGUAUCACGAUUUCGCUGACAAACGCGACUUCUUCGGCAUACCCAAUACGCUGAACGUAGUUUCAAACUUUCCAUUCCUUGUCGUGGGUCUUGUUGGUCUGGUGCUUUGCUAUUAUGGCAAUUAUUUCAAGCUAAGCUCGCAAGGUGAGCUUUGGGGUUGGACGUUCUUUUUUGUUGGUGUUGCUGCUGUUGCUUUUGGCUCCGCUUAUUACCAUCUCAAACCAGAUGAUGCUCGUCUUGUUUGGGAUCGUCUUCCGAUGACUAUUGCAUUCACUUCAAUAGUCGCAAUCUUCAUCAUCGAAAGGAUUGAUCCGCAUAAGGGAACAGUGUCAAUCAUACCGUUGCUCAUGGCUGGAAUAUUAAGCAUUUUAUAUUGGAGGUACUUUGAUGACCUUCGCCCGUAUGCUCUUGUCCAAUUUCUUCCUUGCAUCGCCAUACCGAUUAUGGCUAUAAUAUUACCUCCGAUGUAUACGCAUUCAUCAUACUGGCUUUGGGCUGCAGCAUUUUACCUUUUAGCUAAGGUGGAAGAAGCAGAAGAUAAAUUGAUUUACAGAUGGACUCAUCAUAUCGUUAGUGGGCACACGCUGAAGCAUCUGUGUGCAGCAAUGGUUCCUGUUUUCUUGACACUCAUGCUAGCAAAGAGAGCUAUAGAUCUAGAGAGGCAAAGUCUGCUGGUAACAUGGAAGGUUUCCUGGUAUAGAUUUAAAGAGAAGAAUUCAAGUGUAGAGAGACUCGACUGCACCUAUACAAAUGUUUCAGUUGUCGAAUCGUGACAUGGUUUGUACAUGCUCUCUGUCGACAAAGUUCACCAUAUGUAUACGGACUGAAUUUUUUCUUUUUUGGUUGAAAUACGGACUGAAGUUCGACUAACUGAGAAAAUCUGCUAACAUACAGAUCAUACCAGUUGGAGCUACUUUUUUUUUUUUGAAGGGGCGGGAGGGGGGUCGAAGAGUUACUUCAAUGUGUUGUAUAUAACAAUGGAUGUGCUUUAUCAACUCUGCUUUACCUUGGAGUCUUGGACCAUGUCUUACAAAUUGUUCUCUUUAACAACGCAAAUAGAUCACUCGUAUGUUUUACUUUCUUUA